ACAGUUCCAGCGUGUGGAAGAAAUGGCGGACGCAAUGAACGUCGGUGUGAAUUUAGAAGCAUUUUCUCAAGCAAUAAAUGCUAUUCAGGCACUUCGUUCGAGUGUAACAAGGGUUUUUGACUCUCUGAAAGAUGGAAUGAAAAACAAAGAAACCCUUGAAGGACGCGAAAAGGUUUUUAUUACCGAGUUUCAAGAUAACCUGCAGUCUGUGAAUCGUGACUUGAAUGAAUUGGAACGCCUCAGUACGCUGGUUGGCAGACCUUCAGAGAGUCAUCCCCUUCACAACAGUGGCCUGUUGAGUCUGGACCCAGUUCAGGACAAGACUCCGCUGUACAGUCAGCUCCUUCAGGCUUACAAGUGGUCUAACAAGUUGCAGUACCAUGCUGGCUUGGCGUCCAGUCUUCUUAACCAGCAGUCAUUGAAGCGCUCAGCUAACCAAAUGGGGGCAUCUGCCAAGAGAAGACCCAAAGUCCAGCCCAGUACCCUGGUUCUGCCACCACAGUAUGUGGACGACGUGAUAUCAAGGAUCGGCAGGAUGUUUCCAGACAUGUCGAUUGAACUCUUCCGACCCAACGGGACGUCAGCAGUACUUCUGGUGACAUUGGGGAAGGUGCUGAAAGCCAUUGUGGUGAUGAGAAGCCUGUUCAUAGACCGGACCAUCGUGAGAGGAUUCAGUGAGAAUGUGUAUUCCGAGGAUGGCAAGCUGGAUAUCUGGUCAAAGUCAAACUAUCAGGUUUUUCAAAAGACCGUGAGGAAGGCGAGAGAGAGAGAGAGGGAGGAUGGCACCUCUCAGCUUCCCCUCCCAUCUGUCACUGCACUGCCAAGGUUACGGAUCACGCCACCACUGCUCUGCUGCACUACCAACUUCCACAAAUGCCCGACGUGGUGGUACGGUCCUUCAUGACCUGGCUAAGAAGCUACAUCAAGCUGUUCCAGACCCCGUGUCAGCGCUGUGGAAAGUUCCUGCAGGAGGGUCUUCCACCGACCUGGAGAGACUUUCGUACCCUGGAGGCCUUCCACGACACAUGCAGGCAAUGAGGAAACGGUGGGGAAAGGUUCCAUUAGAAACUGCUCUGACAACUCAUCUGAUAAGACUAGAGCAUGGCAAGACUUCACCUUCUCUUCAACCUCUGUCUACAUUGUGCAUGUAGAGCAACAACCCCGGGAUUUAUAGACUGUCAUGCCUGUUAGUCCACUUCCUGGUUGAAUAGGCAUCAGGCAGCCGACUGGGUUGGACUGGGAUGGAGAGAGGGCUCCAGUAAGUAGGGGGAAUUCCAGUUUACAGACAUCAACAUCAGAAUUAAAAUCUGCCAAGACUGCCACCGUUGACUCUUCCAUCAUUAACAUGACAUGAAUGUUGUUUUGGUCUGUAAGUCCCCCCUCCCCCGCUGUGUAUGAUGAUGUCAUAUUAAUGAGUCUACCUUUAACCUAAUCUCACACAGCUGUCCAAAUGUUUGCCUUAUAGAGUAUUGUUCAUUGCUCCUACUCCAGUCCCCUGGUUGUGCGGGAACCUAUAUUUCUGUCUACCCAACUCUCCAAAUAACAAAAUAAAAAGUUAUUUUGUAUCAAAGGUAGAGCGAACAUAUUCAUGCCCCAAAUCUUGUGCAGUUUUUGGGCAUUGUGUUGUAACUGGUCAGUUUUAUACAGAAGCUGGGUUUAAUAUUUCUUGAUCUAUGCUGGAUAUGUGGAGGAAAAAGGCUUUUUUGUGAGGUGGGAGUUAAAAAGUCAACUUCUGUAAGUAGGUCAUGACCCUUAUGUAUUUAGAUGGCAUGCGAAGGGAAUUGCUAAUUUUGUACAGAUGUAAUAUCUUAAUUUUAUCACCCGAUUGCAGGACAACUUUCCUGCAAUGCAGGAAAUGUUUAACUUGUAGUGUAUUUGAGGUUUUAAAAGGUUUUAAAAGUUUGUAAUUGCCGUUUAGAAGUUUGACUUGAUUUUACCUUACAAAAAAAUGUAUCAACCCCUACUCAAAUGUCCAUAAAAUAUAAUCCACAAAGUAAUUUCAGUUUCCUGUUGCUGCAGGAUUAUUUUCUUGCUGUAUCAAACUUGCUCAAAUGAAGAUCCUACAUCUGUAGAAUUAGGCGCCUGCCUUUUUGUACAUUUUCAAAAUAAUCUGUAUUUUUUUAUAACCAUUGUCUAAAUAAAAGUACAGAAUUGUUUUAA